AUGGAGGAAGAAAAGGCUAGGGAAUAUCAAGAUUUGGUGAAGUUAUUCAGCAAGGUUGAAGUGAAUGUGCCUUUGCUAACCAUGAUCAAACAAAUUUCGAAAUAUGCCAAAUUCCUCAAGGAUCUUUGUGUGCACAAGAAGAAAUUGAAAUUGAUUAGUAUGGGUAAAAAUGUCUCAGCAUUACUUCAUCCAGUUCCUCAUAAAUGUGAAGAUCCAGGAGUUUUCACAGUUCCUUGUAUUAUAGCAGAUUGUGCAGUGAUUCAGUUGGCUAAUAGAAGUCAAAUACAUCCAGCUGGGGUGAUUGAGGAUGUAUUGGUAAAAGUGAGGGAGUUAAUUUUUCCUGCAGAUUUUAACAUCUUAGAUAUGGAGGGUUAUGUGCUUGCAAACAGGUUUCGACUUAUUCUUGGACGUCCAUUCUUGAAGACUGUGAGAACAAAGAUUGAUGUACAUGCAGGAACUCUCUCCAUGGAGAUAGGAGAUACAGUGGUUCAUUCAGAUACUACUGAUGUUGAUCAAGGUAAUGAAUUUUCUUCAUUGUUGGAGGAUAUCUCAGAUAUGAGAGUGAAUGCUAGUUCAGGAGAGAAUCAGCAGCUACCUAUCAUUAUAGCUCAGAAUUUGAAACCAGAUCAGGAGGAAAGAUUGUUAGAGAUUCUGAGACAGCAUAGGAAGGCCCUUGGAUGGACUCUGGAAGAUAUUCCUAGGAUCAGUCCUUCCAUUUGCAUGCCAGGAUUUAUUUGGAGAAGGAUUAAAUGGGUAAGUCUUAUACAUGUGGUUUCGAAGAAAUCAGGGGUGACAGUAGUUGCUAAUGAAGAAAAUGAAUUGGUGCCAACAAGAGUGAAGAAUUCUUGGAGAGUUUGUGUGGACUACAGGAAGCUAAACCAAAUAUUGGAGAGACUGGCAGGUAAAUCACAUUAUUGCUUCCUUGAUGGUUACACUGGUUAUUUUCAUAUUUGCAUCGACCCAGAGGACCAGGAGAAGACUACCUUCACUUUCCCUUUCAGAUUCUACAGGAGAUUUAUCAGGGACUUCAGUAAGAUUGCUUUGCCAUUGUCUCAGUUGCUUCAGAAAGAUGUUAUGUUUCAUUUUGAUCAGAGGUGUAAAGAGGCUUUUGACAUAUUGAAGGAGGCUCUUACUUCAGCACCUAUUAUCAGACCCCCAGACUGGACCCUACCUUUUGAGUUGAUGUGCGAUGCUUCAGACUAUGCAGUGGGAGCUGUACUUGCACAGAGAGUGGAUGGAGCACCACACGUCAUUUGCUACACUUCCAAGACCUUAGAUUCAGCUCAAGCAAACUACACCAUGACAGAAAAAGAGCUUCUUUCUAUUGUUUUUACUUUAGAUAAGUUCAGAUCAUAUUUACUUUGUUCUCAUGUGGUUGUGUUUUCUGAUCAUGCAGCUUUAAAAUACCUUCUCAAGAAGCCCGAUGCAAAGCCUAGGUUAAUCAGAUGGAUGCUUCUACUUCAAGAAUUCGACGUAGAGAUACGUGAUAGGAGCGGGAAGGAGAACUUGGUUGUAGAUCACUUGAGCAGAAUUAAGGGAGACUUGAAUCAUACGGCUAUUGUUGAUUAUUUCAGGGAUGAGCAGCUUCUAUAG